AUGAAAUUUUCAAUCACCUUACUGUCAUCGAUACUUGCUGUCUGCUCAGUCACGAUCGCUAAUCCAGUUGAUUCCAGUUCGACCACGAGCACUGAAGCUAGCACUUUGUCAGCCUCUCCAAGCGCGACUAAAACUGCUGAACCUACCUCGGUUCCUGAUUCACUUUAUGGCGACUAUUCCGGCUGCCAUUUGAUUGAUAGCGAGGGAGUGGUUUUGAUUAAAAUAUUGGUAGAAUAUAGUAAAACUGCUGACAUUUUAAAACAAGAAAUGGAAGAGAAAAGAAUCGAGAUUGAAAUCCAAAGACAAAAGGUGAAAACCCAAAGGAAAGAAUUCGAUGCUUUGGAAAGUGAAGCCGAGGAAAGCAAUGACGCAGAAAGCUAUGGAUCAAAGAUUGCCGAACUUGAACUUGGGAUUGAAGGCAGUCGUGAGAUUCUUAGGAAACUUCGAAAGCAGUACUGGGAUCUCGAUGAGGAGUUUGAUGGCCUAAAGGAAAGACUAGCCGAGUUCCAAAUGAAAAUCCUAAAAUACUUUUUGGGCAAUGAUGGAUCUACACCACUGACUAUUAAUGAUUUUCCACGCCUGGAAUCGGUCCCUGGAUUUACGGAAUGUCUUGGCGAAUUCUACAGUGGCUCGUUGCAGUCACUGUCACAAUCUGGGUAUGAGACAACUUUGUAG